AUGGAUGAGAAUGCCCAAACUCCCGUCGAGGACGUCUCUGAGCCCUCGACUGACCUAGGCGAUACAAGACCGGUACCGAGCAGAGUUGCCUCUGCUGCAUCAUAUGACAGACAUCGCCGUCGAAACCCGAGAGCAAGGCGUCCGGUGAAGGAAACACUAGACGCCCGCUCCGAGUAUACCACCAGUCAAGAUGAUGGGACCGCCGAGCACCGCAUCAACCAGUAUGUGAUCCGACAGGAGAUCGGGCGUGGAUCGUUCGGUGCGGUCCAUCUGGCGGCUGAUCAAUUUGGAAAUGAAUAUGCAGUGAAAGAAUUCUCCAAGUCUCGUUUAAGAAAACGGGCCCAAUCGCAUUUAUUGCGAAGACCCAGGGGUCCGAGGCGACCCGGGACGGGGUUUAACUCGCCGUUACAUCGUCAUCCUUCGGGGGAUGAUAAUGAGACUGCCAAGAAUCCUCUAUAUCUGAUCAAAGAGGAAAUUGCGAUCAUGAAAAAGCUCAACCAUAAUAAUCUGGUGUCCUUGAUCGAGGUCCUGGAUGAUCCAACGGAGGACUCGUUAUAUAUGGUAAUGGAAAUGUGCAAAAAGGGCGUGAUCAUGAAAGUUGGACUAGAGGAACGAGCAGACCCAUACGACGAUGAGCACUGCCGGUGCUGGUUCCGCGAUCUGAUACUGGGCAUUGAAUAUCUUCAUGCUCAGGGAAUCGUCCACCGAGACAUCAAACCGGACAAUUGCCUGUUGACCAAUGAUGAUGUGCUGAAGGUAGUGGACUUUGGUGUAUCGGAGAUGUUUGAAAAGAAUUCUGAUAUGUUCACUGCUAAGUCAGCUGGCUCUCCAGCAUUUCUGCCACCUGAGCUGUGUGUUGUCAAACACGGUGAUGUUUCUGGAAAAGCAACGGACAUCUGGUCAAUGGGCGUGACUCUAUACUGUCUUCGAUAUGGUAAGCUGCCAUUCGAGAAACAAAGCAUAUUCGAAUUAUACGAUAGUAUCAGAGGGGAUCCCUUGGUAUGCGAAGAGGAGACAGACGAAAGCUUCAAAGAUUUGAUAGGAAGAAUUCUGGAGAAAGACCCGGAGAAACGGAUCGACAUGUUUGGCUUACGGGUGCAUCCUUGGGUAACGAAGAAUGGAACAGAUCCUUUGUUGUCUUUCGAGGAGAACACAUCACUGAUCAUUGCACCGCCGACGGAGGAAGAGAUGAACUCGGCUAUUACAACGAAUAUGGGUAACCUCAUGACUGUAAUGAAAGCAGUCAAGAGGUUCAAACGACUGAUGGAUCCUUCCAAAGCGCAAACACCCAUGCAGAGCAUCCUCGGCGGAGACCAUGAGGCUUACUUUGUCGAGCCACCAAUGGAAAUGGACCCAGAUGAACCUUUCCCAGCAGUAGGAGAGCAAGCCCACGGUCUAAGCGCCGGCAUCAGAAAGGUCUUUGGACGAAGCCCUUUCGCAGGGUUCCGCGAAAGCCCAAACACCAUGGGGUCCAGCGACUCAGCCAGCAUCUCCUCACGACCAGAUCACAGCCCAGGCAGCAGUAAAAGACCAAGCGGAGUCUUCGAGCCAGAGCGAAAAGACUCUAACUCUCGCAUCGGCCGACCUCUAGGCAACACAGACACGCAAGGAGCAACCCACUCCCAGUCAGCAUCCCCACACAUACCCUCUCGCGCCAGCUCAGCAACAACAAAGCGCAGCCUAGAAGGCACAAGAGGGCACGCACGGGAUCCCCUAGAAGAAGACUUUCCCUACCUUUUCAUUGGACCGUCAACAUACACAGGAGCCUCACACACAGAACCAAGCACCAACUCCAUAACAGCAACAUCAGACGCACCAAUAUUCGAAGAACCAGAAAGCACCCUGAACCCAACAAACGAGAUGGAAAUAGAAGAAGAACCAGCCCAGAUCGUCAGCGAAUCACCCGGAGCAGCAGACUUCAACAUCUACGAAACGGCAUACAGGAUGGAACUCGACCGCAUCAAGCACAGCCUUUCCGAGUCAGAUCACACCAACCGCCAAUCCGGUCCAAAGGUCUACCUCACCCGUCGCGUCGAGAAUAGAGACGAGGUCAUGCGACUGGCCAAGGAGAAGGCUCUUGAUUUGCAGAUUGGGCAGCGGUUUGCGUUGACGCCUGUCAAGUCUGCGCCGUCGGCAUUCAGCUCUGUUGCCAGUGCAUUGCGCACGCAGGUGCAGAAGAAGAGGGCUGGCGGGGAGAGUGAGGGGGAGGGUCAGGGUGAGAGUGGGGAGGGAGAUGGGAAUGGGAAUGGGGGUGAGGGUGAGGGUGAAGAUGGAUCAAAGGGUGGUCAGGCUGUUCCUCAUCCUCACCCUGCUAAGCGUCUUUCUCUUUCGUCGCAGGUUGCUCCUGACACUGAGGCUUCUUCGCUUGAAGCGACGGGCGUUUCUGCUCAUGAAUCGGCUGAGGAUUCGAAGGCUCAGUUGCGUCGGCUUCUUGAGAGGGUGAGGGGGAAGGGUGAUGCGGAAUGA